UAACAAUGUACAGUACAAACGCUCCCUUACAUUCCAGUAUAUAUUUCUCAUGUUAUGAUAGUUAACUGUGAUUGCUAAAUAUAUGUAAACAAACAAACGCAUUAGACCAGCAGCGUGUUUGGCUAGGUGUGAAGUAUGGGGGCUUCUACAUCUUCCUCAGUUCUUGCCUCAACUUCUGCAUCUGUUCAAGAAAUGCCUUCCACCAAAGUAAUAAAUUCAGAAAAAUCUACUCUGUCAGAUAAGCAAUCAGACCAACAACCUAAAUCAGGAGGUUGUCCUUACAAGCAUGAUCAAAUGGAAAAACCUACUAAAAGUGAAUGUCCUGUUACAGGCUUGAAAGAGAGUGAUAUUGAUCCUUUAAACAUGAUGCCACCUAUGAAUCAAAAUCCCGCUCCUGGUCAACCAUUUCCUUUGCCUAAAAAUCGAGAAGUGUCCACGAUUCCAAAAGCUGGAACUGAAAAUGAAUUUUGGGUUUAUCCCUCUGCUCAAAUGUUUUGGAAUGCAAUGCUUCGUAAAGGGUGGAGAUGGAAAGAAUCAGACAUUGAUCCAAAUGAUAUGGAUCAUAUUAUUAGAAUCCAUAAUGUAAACAAUGAAGCUGCCUGGGAAGAAGUCUUAAGAUGGGAGGCUCUUCAUGCUGCUGAAUGUUGUAACCCUAAAUUAAAGAAAUUUGGUGGGAAAGCUACAGAAUAUUCUCCAAGAGCAAGGAUACGCAGUUGGCUUGGCUAUGAACUACCUUUUGAUCGUCAUGAUUGGAUUGUUGAUCGCUGUGGAAAAGAAGUCCGCUAUAUAAUUGACUAUUAUGAUGGUGGACAGGUCAAUGUUCAAAAUGGGAAAUUUGCUAUACUUGAUGUACGUCCUGCAGUGGAUUCUUUUGGAGCUGUCUGGGAUAGAAUGAGGGUAAUGUUUUGGAGAUGGACUGCAAAAGAAUCUGAGUCUUGAUGAUCAAGAAAUAGUGUAAUAAUGUAAUUUAUUCUAGAGUUGAGACAUCUUCAAAAAUCUGUUACAAUUUUAAGGAUGAGAUGAUUACAAUAUAUAUAGCCAAAGUGAUGACCUGAUUAGUGAUGCAAUUUUUAUUUUAAAAUAAAAAUUGAUAUUUUUUUUCUUUGUUCUGCCAUACAUUUUAUUAUACUCAAACAUCAGUUCAUAAUGAUGAAAACUGAUCCUACAUAUUUAGUGUAGUGUGUAUAUUGUUAUAAAUAAACAUUUACUUGGAAAUAAAA